UCGCGUGCAUACAUUUUCAAUCAAAAAUAGCAUAAAGUUAGAAUAUUUGUAUGUAUAUCAUUUUGAAUAGCUAGAGGUUUGUUCACUUAGAGGCCCCAGAUACCAGCAUGUUUGUCUGGUAGUAGUAACACAUAACAGGCAUAAGACUAGGUGACAAGAUUUUUGUAAGUUUGUACAUUAGCACACCAAAAGUCUACCGGCAGAGGUUACUUGAAUACCCUCUCUCCACCCGCGCUCCAUAACUUGGUAAACGAACCAACUUGUGCAAUUGGAAGCCAUGAAAUAGAUAUCACCAGAAAAGAGACUUUGUGGGCUAGAUUGUGUUAAGUACUCAUUCAAUGAAUCUACCAAUAUUAAUUCUUGGAUCGCUGUCUUUCUCCAUCACGUUAUCACCAAUGUUUUCGUGGUUUUCGAUGCUCAAUUCUUCUCAGCAGCAAUAAAUAGUCCAGUCUGUGCGUCCCUCGACGAACCUUAUUAGGCAGGGAAAACUCAGGCUGAGCUCUUUUGCCUGGAUCUUAUGGUCCCAACUUCCCUGCAGGAGACGUUUCUAUUUCUCAACUUAGGAGUAGCUUUCAGAGCUUUUUACGAUGACAACCACAUAAUCCAAUGAGGAAUUUUAUCAGGCCGGUUUUUAUUUAUUUAUUUUUACUUGCGACAACUAGACGGCCUUGUGGCACCUAAGAGAAAAUUGACAGGCAGCAGAGGCUGAGGUAAAGAAACCGGGUGCUUCAUGGACAAGGCAUGACUAUAAAUUUCCUUCCAUAACCUCCAUUGCUUUAAAGAAGGAGACUUCUUUCACAUGAUCCCCAACUGCCUUUGGACUCCCUUCUGCACAAACAUGGCAGAGGAAGGAGGACAGGGCAGUGGAGGCCUGGAGCUGACCAGAGACGGCACUGUGGAUCUCAAAGGCCGCCCUUUUGUCCGUUCAAAAGGAGGGGGUUGGAAAGCUUGUUCUUUCAUAGUCGGAUAUGAGGUGUUUGAAAGGAUGGCCUACUAUGGAAUCGCCUCAAACCUUGUCGUCUAUCUAACUAGCAAGCUCCACGAGGGCACCGUCCCUUCUUCAAACAAUGUAACCAAUUGGGCUGGGACUGUGUGGAUGACACCAAUUAUAGGUGCAUAUAUUGCAGAUGCCCAUCUUGGCCGAUAUUGGACUUUCGUUAUUGCUUCGGCAAUUUAUCUAUUGGGGAUGGGCCUAUUGACCCUUACCGUCUCUCUGAAAUCACUUAGACCUCCGCCGUGCAACUCGUCAGACUGUAACAGUCGUGCAACACCUUUUCAAGUAGGCAUUUUUUAUGCUUCCCUCUACAUAAUAGCAAUAGGGACUGGAGGGACUAAGCCUAAUAUAUCAACCAUGGGUGCUGACCAAUUCGAUGAUUUUGAGCCAAAAGAGCGAACCCAGAAGCUCUCCUUCUUCAAUUGGUGGAUGUUCAGCAUCUUUUUCGGUUCUCUCUUUGCCAAUACGUUUCUGGUCUAUAUUCAAGACAACAGGGGUUUUUCAAUAGGCUAUGGGAUUCCCACGCUUGGACUGGGUAUCUCUGUUGUGAUUUUCUUGAUUGGUACUCCUUUGUAUAGGCACAAAGUGAGAACGGGGAGUCCCUUUACACAAAUGGUUCAGGUUUUGGUUGCAGCUAUCAGGAAAUGGAGGGUACCUCUUCCUGCCGACCCGAAAGAUCUCUACGAAUUGGAUAUUGAAGAGUAUGAGAAAGGGGGCAAGUUCAGAAUUGAGCACUCCACUUCACUAAGAUUCUUUGAUAAAGCUGCAACAAAGAGCGGUCCAGACACUAAAUGGACCUUGUGCACGGUUACUCAAGUCGAAGAAACCAAGCAAAUAUUCAAAAUGCUUCCUGUUCUUCUCACAACAUUCAUACCAAGUGCAGUGGCAGCACAAACCAUGACCCUCUUCGUCAAACAAGGCACAACACUAGACCGACGCAUGGGGCCACACUUCCAGUUCCCAGCUGCAAGCCUAGGCGCCUUCGUCACAAUCUUCAUGCUCAUCACCAUCGUAGUCUAUGAUCGCGCCUUUGUUCCUUUUAUUAGAAAAUACACCAAAAAUCCAAGAGGCGUCUCAUUGCUUCAGAGAAUGGGAAUUGGCAUUGUUAUGCACGUGUUCAUAAUGUUCAUCGCAGCCUUAGUAGAGAGAAAGAGGCUAAGUGUUAUCAAAGAGCAUGGGACUUUCGAUAACAAAGAUGUGGUUCCCAUCUCAAUCUUUAUCCUGUUACCUCAGUAUGCACUGAUGGGGAUUGCUGAUGCAUUUGUUGAAGUUGCAAAGUUGGAGUUUUUCUACGAUCAGGCUCCAGAGGGGAUGAAGAGCUUGGGGACGUCCUAUUUCAGUACGAGUUUAGGGGUUGGUAAUUUUCUGAGCAGUUUUAUUCUGACAACGGUGUCCGAUGUUACAAAGAGAAAUGGGAGCAAAGGAUGGAUUCAGGAUAAUCUGAAUGCUUGCAGGCUAGAUUAUUUCUAUGUGUUUGUUGCUGUGCUCAGUGGGGUAAAUCUUGUGUUUUACUUGGUUAUGACGAAGUUGUAUGUUUAUAACUCUGAUGUGGUUGAGUUGGAGAUUGAGAUGAGGAAAGGGAAGAAUGAGGUGCAUCCGAGCAGGACAGCCGGUUCAGAUUCUGAAAUUGUUGGCAGGGAUGGAGGAGAUGCAUGAUAAAUAUUUUUUGGUGUUAUUUUAUGACUUUGGAUAGCAUACUCUCGUAUAGGCUUGUUCUUAAGCGCAUCUCUUCAGCAAAUUUGUUUGUCCUCAAAGAUAUUGUAUAUACUUUUGAGACGAAAAUCAAAUGAAUAUAGCAUUAUUUUUCAUGAAUA